AUGGACCUGCCCGCAGAUCUCUGUGUGGAUGGCGAGAUUGACAAAGAGAGUGGCCUGCUUUGCGGCCUACCCGAGGAUAUCUCAGAGGCUCGUAAACACGAGCUUACACAGGCCUUCACUGUGAACAAGUGGAAGUGGUGGUACAUAUCGCCCAUCGAUCAGUUAGACAACACUAAAGAGGAUGAGAGCACCCGUGGCAGAGAGGUUGUCAAGGGCAUGCUGAAGUGCAUCUAUAUGCGCCGUGGUAUGGAUACCAUCCUGCAGUUACCUGACCAUAGCGAUGGCUCGCCAUGGUAUGUUAGCCCUCGAGAUGGUAUCCCCCCACACCAUAUCGAGACGCAUGCCCUAAGCUACGCCGCUUUGAAGCCUAUGGUUGAUAAGUUCAUGAACGAUCAUUUCCAGGACCUUGCCGUAUCCUCAGGGGCUGCUGGCCCACAAUCAAUGGCUGUUACUCUAUCACACGGCGCUCAGGUUCAGGCUACCUUAGCGGAUGAGGGUGGGGAUGACGACGGUGGUAACCUGGAUAUCAGCCUCCUUCGGAUCCUAAACAUAGCCUCCGCGGAUUUCCUAAGUGUGAUGGCCAUGAUCAGGGAGGACGCGGUCGCACAGAUGCCGGCCGAUGUCGUCCUAGAGGAACUCGUCAACAUCGGAGAAGCGAGCGGCGGUCCCCAGAGAGCCCGGAAGCACAUCAGAGACGCAUCUCACUCCCAGGGUGUAUUGACAUUCGGCUCGGCGCACACCGAGGCCAUCAUGCAAGGCACCGGCGACUUCGGCCUGUCGUACCUACAGCUCCUCGCGCUCGGCGAUGAUCCCUAUGACUUCAUUCCUGUUGAGCGCAAGUCUGUCCUGAGCCGCGUCCUGGCACGCUCCCCUGUCAACACCCAUGUCCUGGCUCUAUGUUGCCGUCGUGCCACGGAGAAGGAGAGGACGCUGGUCAUGGUCAGCACCCCUUGGCAGCAGUUGACGCUGUUUGCCAUCAUGAAGAAGGCGUCCCUGAACGUGUUGUCUGUCCGCGCCGGCAUGACAGCAGCUGAGAAGGCUAGCGCUUUCAGUGCAUUCAACGACCCAACCACCAACGUCAACGUGCUUCUGCUGAACACUAUGGUGGGCGCGGCUGGUCUCAAUCUCCACCACUCUUGCAACUUCGGGAUCCAGGUGCAGGUACCAUGGAGUUACGGCAGUUCUGGACAGUACCUAGGUCGCCUUGUCCGCCUGCGGCAGACCAAACCCGUCACCUGGGUGAUCUUGACUGUCAAUGAUACGGCAUACAACUUUCUGGAGCACCGAGCCUGCCUCAAGGAGGUCCAGGCUCUGAGCGCCACACUCAAAUUCGGUGGACCGCACCUGAACACCCCAUUUUCCCGCAAGCUUCUGAGUUACGAGGUCCUCCGCGUGUUUUGGAGCCAGCCAUUCAACCGCAUGACCUGGGAACAUGCCCACCCCCAGCACAUCCAGGACUUUACCUCCGAGAACUCGCGCACGUUUGGCCAAUUCUACAGCCUCCUCUCCAGCCUGCUACUUGAAACCGAGAAGGCUGAUUUGCCUGAUGACUGGGCGGAUAUUCUAAGCGCGGCGUCCAGCCUCAAGAUGGCGCUGCCCCUGGCCUACCUCAAGCACUGUAACGGCAUGCUCCCAGAGCAGCUGACGUGGGAUGAGAUGCGCACCGUCUGCGAUAGCGCCCAGAGCGACCCCGAUGUCCAGGAGCAGACAAGCGAUUUUACCCCCACGAACGAGUUUGGUACGGUAUCCAAGUUCAAGCAGCACCCUCUGUUUUCGGUUCGGCCGGAUGAUGACACCGCGGAGGGCAGUGGCCACCAGGCAGAAGGCAGUGGCCACCAGGCAGAAGGUAGUGGCCACCAGGCAGAAGGCAGUGACGAUCAGGCAGAAGGCAGUGACGACCAGGCAGAGAACAGCGCUGAGGAAACCCCUAGCCGCCGCCCGCGCAAGCGUCGGUCUACCAGCCCAGUGGCGAGUCAUCGUGAGAAGCGUCCCCGGCAUGGUACCGCCGACGCGCUGGCGGACUUCCUGAGCGAUGGCGAUGAGGUGGACGAAAGCUGA